GUUAGUUGGGCUGAGCCUGAAUUGAAUUUUGAAUGAAUGAAAGGUCAAAAUUGAAAUGAAAUUGCGGCAGUUUGUAUUUUGCGCUACACUGGAAUGACAAGCCGUGUUUAGUACGAUGGUCCAGUCGUCUUCUUGGGUGGAUCUCUGGGAUAGAGCUAGUGAAUUCAUAAAAUAUCAUGAUAAUGGAAUAAAUAUUCAUGAGAGAUUAUAUAAAUUUUUAAUUGAAUUUGCAAAAUUACAAAAAGAAGCAUUUAUUGCACAAAAACGAUUAUGUGAAAAACAUUUAAAUGAUGCACAAAAAUAUUUUGGUGUUUCAAAUAGUUAUGUUUCAUUUUUCAAUGAACUUGUACAAAUUGUUCAACAUAUUAUAGAUGCUGAAAAUUUAAUUUCAUGCUCAUUUGAAAUACAUGCUAGUAAUGAAGGGAAAUCAGUUAUCGAAGAUGAACGUAGACAGUUUAAACGAUGGAAAAGAGAAAGAUCAAACUAUCCUCUGAAUUAAAAUCACAAACACGUAUUAUCGAUGAUGAGAUCAAACGUUAUCGUGAUAAAUAUCGAGAUAUGAUCAAGGCAAAAGAUGACUAUGAGCGUAUUAAUGCUGACCAGAGUCAUUCACAAUUUGAUGUUGAGAAGGCGUUAAGUUAUGCAAGAUUAAAAGAAGUUGAUUUUGAAAGAGCACGUAAAGAUUAUUCAGCUGCAUUGGAUCAAUUUAAUUUAUAUCGUAAAGAUUAUUAUUUUCGUUGUUUACCAUUAUGGGCACAAGUUGGUAAAGAUUUGGAGACUGUUAGAUAUACGCGUACACAAACGCUAAUCAGUAUACUAUAUGAACGAUUACGUGUAGCUAUUGAUCGUAUGAAUACUGUAUGCGGUGAAUUUCAAGCUGUCUCUACGCAUUUGAAUUCAGAUCAGGAUGCUGAAGACAUUAUAAAUUUCUUACGUAGUAAUAAUGCGCCACCAGGUGAUAUUGAUUUUGUCGACUUAUCCUCUGCUUCACUGCCAUCAUCAUCUGGACCACAAACAAACAAUGUAAAACCAAAUAGCGGCUUGACAAGCGAACCUAUUUACUCAUCAGGCAGUGUUGUCCUUCCACCAAAUUUUCAUUGUUCUGUUUGGGCUGCAGAUCAUGCUAGUGCUGCAACAGGCGGUAGUGCUGGUGGUGGUGAAUCAUUAAUCAAUAAACAGUAUAAUCCGCCUUCUGGAGAAGCAAUCAUUUAUGGUGAAUCUGGUUCUACCUAUUCUGCCUCGUAUGCAUCAACAACAGCGUCAACAACAAAUGGUCCUACGAAUGGUAGUGGCGGUGUUAGUAUUAAUAGUCGACGUCCUAGUGUUAGUGAUCAUUUUGCUGUACCAAAUCCACGUCAUCCUAGUCAACAAUUAUACGCUUCUAAUGGUGGUGCAGGAUUUUUCCGUAGAAUUUUUUCACGGCGUAGUAGGCACAGUUCACUGAAUUUAUGUCAUGAAGUUAAUUCUGGUAGUGAUGGUGUCGUGUCUGGAUGGUCAAAUCCAUUUUUUGAUCCUGUUGUACCAUGGCGCAAAAGUUCACAUCAAUACCCUCACCACCACCAGCAACACAAAAUCGGCAUGAAUAGUUUUCGUAAGAAACUCUCCUCUCGUCGCAUGAAGUUUACUCGCCAACGAAGUGUUGAUGAUAAUGAAGGGGUGGUGACGGUGAUGAAUGCUGCCGGCAAAGAUGCAUUGGAUAUACGAGCAUCACAGAGUACUGGAGAUCUGAGUGUUGUAAAUUUAAAGACAAUCGCUGAUUUAUGUGAUCCAAAUCGUGUUAAACGUCAGGGUACAUUUCAUCAAACUAAUGGUGAAUAUAAACCAGGUGGACAUAAAUCUAGAUCUAGAGAUAAUAUUGUCAUUGAUACAAGUGAUUUUUCUGAUUCUUGUUCUGAUUUCGAGAAUGAUGAAGUCCAUAGCCAACCGAUUCAACCACCGGGAGAAGUAACACCGUCAACAGCAAUACAAAUUAACUCACUACCUAAUACUAAUAAUAAUAGCAAUAAUAAUGAAAACGUAGCUUAUGCAACGACCUCUGUAUUAAAUGGCCUACCGAAUUCAAUUCCAUAUCAGUAUCCGCCUUCUCUUUCUGAUAUAACACCAGUUAAUGCUGCUAAUAUAUCAUCAUUACCGUCUUUCGAUAGUCAGGGCCUGACUUCAUCAAGUAAAGAUAAGCUGUCAAUCCCGUUGCAUUAUUUUGCAGCAAUGGCAAAAACAUCAGUAGCAAAUGAUAAUAGUAAUGAUACCAAUGGGAAAUAUUCAAAAAAUGAAGGCAAGUCAACGAGUGCACCUUUAGCAGAACCAGAAACAGCUUCUACAGUGACUUCGUCGACUUCAUCUCGACCGACGUCGACAUCAUCUUCUUUAAAUGGUCAAAUACUACUGCCUUCAGUGAAACAAAGUUUAGCAACUGUUAAAUCUAAUAAUAACACUAAAUAUCAUUCAGUGAAUGGUAAUGCUCCCAAUAAUUGUGUAAAUGAUUCUAAUCAUAAUGAUAUUGAUUCUAAGGCUGCUCAUACAUUCAUGUAUUCACACAUGAAUUCUUCCUACAAUCAUCAUCAACAACAACAUUCAGAGGGGAAGAGCUCUCAUCAAAUUUUAUAUGAUCAACAUAAAAGCAUGUUGAAAAGGCAUGAACAACAAAGGCUUUGGCUUUUACAACAAGAAGGUGGUCAACAGCAGCAGAAGGAACUGUCGUUACAACAACAACAACACCACCAGCAACAACAACAUCGAUCAUCUCGAGCACCAGAUAAUACUGAUACAAGCUCUACACUGUCUAUUAGUUAUCAUAGUAAUAGCAGUAGUAAUAAUCAUAAUCGAGAUAAGAAUUCAUCCGCAAAAGAAUCAUCACAAAUUGUUGUUAUUGGUGAUUGUACUGCUUUAUAUCCUUUUACAGCUGAUGGCUUUGAAUCAUGUUAUCUAGCCUUUGAUGCAAAUGAAAAAUUCUAUAUUCUAUCCAGUGAUCCAACCGAAGAUACCACAGAUUGGCUUCAUGUUUGUCGUAUGCAGCAACAGUACCAGCCCCAUACCUUUGACAUAGGUUAUGUACCAACAGCUUAUGUUCAACAAACACUUUAUUCUCAACCAAUUCUUUUACCGAAUAAACAUGAAUCAACGCAGGAUUCAUCAGAUUCAUCAUCAACGACUAAGACAGCAACAACAACUGCUACUGCAACACCGAAAAGACCAGCAACUACAAUACCAAUAUCAACAACAACAACACAUAAUGGACAGAUAAAAAGUUCAGGGAAUAAUAGUAAUAGUACUGCUAGUAAUAGAAAUCCUUGUAUGAUGAAUAGAAAUUUUAGAGGUACUUCACCUUAUGUACGUUUAAGUGGAGUUUCAAGAGAUACUGACUUAUAAAUUUUAUAUUUAUUUUGUAUGUGUGCGAGUGUGUAUUGUCUAAGGUAAGUCAUUUGUGUUUUUGCACUACAUACAUACACUGUCCCACACAUAUUGUUCAUCAUUGUUGACUGAGAGUAUUCCGAGAAAAACUAUCUCCUUAUCCGACGAACAUCUUGAUGACAUAAUUCCUCCUUUUUUUGUACAUAUAUACAUAUAGGAAGCAACACAUGAAUGAUUGAUGUAUGUCUAAAAUGGGAAGAUUGUCCUUUGUUAUAUUAUUAUUACACAUAAAUAUUGAUUUUUUUUCUAUUUCUAUCUAUUAGGGGUGUAACUUUUUUUCCCAAUUUACUCAUCAUUGAUUCAUGCAUACACAAUUGACGGUUGUUAGUCCUUUUAUAUCUUCGUGAUGAUGAUAAUGAUGAUGUUGGAAGAGUGUUUACUACUCGUCAACAUUAAGCGUUUUUACACUGUGAAUUUCUUUCUAUAUUUCUACAGUACAUAUAUACAUACAUACAGUAAAUAACAUGAAUUGUAAUCAAGUAAUUUCUUUUUCUACCUGUUCAGAUAUAUAUAUAUAUAUAUAUAUAUAUAUAUAUCAUA